UUUUUUUUAACCUAAAGCCCAACUGCACCAAACCAGCCGAGCGAAGCUCCUUUUUCUCCCUCUCUAGCUCCUCCGCCGGGUCCGGCGACGACAACCACCGCGUCCGUCACCGGAGAUUCCUUCGAUCGCCGGAUUCCUGGCUCCGCUCAUCCAAAACUCAUCUCUCUUUGUCUCUCUCCGCCGAAUUGCUCCUUCGCUCGGCUCAGAUCUGUGGCUCAGAGAUCCGGCUCCGAUCUCUGCUUCUGCUGCUUUCCCUCCCAAAAAAAGAAAGUUCUUCGUUUAACUAACGGCCUUGGGUCAUCGUCUUCUUCCCCUAGCUUGAUCCGUGCACUGCUCGAUUUCUUCGUUUGCAACUACUUCCUUCUUCUGUCUGUUGCUUCGUCGGUCUCUCGUGGAGUUGGUGGUCGAUUUGGUUCAUUUCCUCGAUUUGUUCAAUGGCCUUCUUGAUUCAUUUCGUUUUGUCAGGGCUUCACUUACGGAAUUUCAGACAGGAACUUCAAGUGGAAAAGCUUAGAAUCAGAUGGAGUGGAGUGUAAACAAUGCUUUCAAAACCUACAAAGAAGGGGAACCAAAGUCCAUGAUGGAUAUGGGUCUUGUUCCGCACACUGAUGCUGUUGACAUUGGGCUCGGCUCUUCCGAGAAGGCAAGUACUGUUCCUGCAAAACGGAAGAAGACGAUGACAUCAGUCUAUCUUAAAUAUUUUGAGACUGCCCUUGAUGGGAAAACUCGGAAGUGCAAAUUCUGCGGGCAGAGCUAUUCCAUAGCAACAGCGACUGGAAAUCUUGGAAGACAUCUGAGUAACAGACAUCCAGGUUAUGAUAAGACCACAGAUGCUGUCUCCAGUCCGGUACCACAGAUGCCAGUUUUAACAAAAAAGCCGCUAACCCAACUGAAAGCACCUCAAGUUGAUUAUGAUCAUCUUAACUGGUUGGUUCUGAGGUGGCUUACUUUUUCAUCUCUUCCUCCCUCCACUGUAGAAGAAAAAUGGUUGGCAAACUCCUUCAAGUUUCUAAACCCGGUCGCUCAACUAUGGCCAUCUGAAAAAUAUAGAGCGGUACUUCAUGAGGUUUACAGAAGCAUGCAAGAAGAUGUAAAGGCAUCUCUGGAGCAUGUCUCGUCCAAGGUAUCGAUCACCCUCAAUUUUUGGACUUCAUAUGAAAACAUCUUCUAUCUGAGCGUGACGGGGCAUUGGAUAGAUGAAAACUGGUCCUUUCAGCGACUUCUGCUCGACAUAUGUCGGAUUCCUUAUCCUUCCGGAGGGUCCGAGAUUCAUAACUCCCUCCUGAAGGUCCUCAAAAUCUUCGGAAUCGAAGAUAGAGUUCUCUGUUGUACACAUGACAACAGCCAAAAUGCAAUUCAUGCUUGUCAUAGCCUGAAAGAGUACUUGGAUGAUCAGAAGAUCAUGCCUUUCUGCUACAUUCCUUGUGCUGCUCGGACUUUGAAUGAUAUCAUAGACGAGGGAUUGGUGACCAUAAAGCCCAUAAUCUCAAAGAUUAGAGAAUUCGUUCUAGAGUUAAACGCAUCAAUGGAGAUAUCGGAAGAUUUCAUUCACUUGACAACUGCAUAUCAAGAAGGCAACUGGAAAAUUCCAAUGGAUGCUUCAGCUCGUUGGAGUGGCAAUUACCAGAUGGUCAACGUUUUGUGCAAGGCUGGUAAAUCUUUGGAUUCUGUGAUUCGGAAAAACGAGGAUGGUCUGGAAAACAGAAUUCUGCUAAGUUCUGCGGAGAAGAAUGCGGUAAUGAUCGUGCACAAAUACUUGGAUAUGGAUUCAUUCUACAAAACCACAAGUGAUAUGUGCACGAACAAGGAUCUCACCGUCGGUCUGGUUCUCCUCUUCAUGGAUAACAUUUCCGAGAUGAUCACCGCGUGCCAGAAAUCGUGUCACAACCCGGACUGGCUGAGAGCUUCUGCAGAAAACAUGGCCAAGAAGGCCAGAACGUACAACACUCAAAUCUGCAACGUAUUCACUUACAUCACAGCAAUUAUCGACCCCCGGAUAAAAACAGAGUACAUUCCCGAGACGAUAAAUCUUGACAACUUUUUGGAGGAAGCCAGAACCCAUUUCAUCCGUAACUAUGCUUCGACUCAUUUCACAUCGGGCAUGACAAGUGGGUACCGUGCCCAGGAAAUAGAUGAUGGAAGUGGAAGCAGAGGAGGAGGAAACAUUUCCUUUGCGGAGGAAAUUGCUCGGAGGAAAAGAAGAGCAAACAUGAGUAACAACGUCGUCGAUGAACUGACCCAGUACUUAUCCGAGUCUAUAGUUCCUAUGCAGACCGAUGUUUUGGACUGGUGGAAGGUGAAUAGUACCCGAUACCCGCGACUAUCCGUCAUGGCCCGGGAUUUCCUCGUGGUUCAGGGUACUUCCACCGCACCUGAAGAUAUAUUCUGUGGGAAAGGUGAGGAGGUCGACAAGCAACGGUAUUGCAUGCCCCUCGGUAGCAUGGAACCGGUUCUUUGCAUCAGAUCAUGGACUGAAUCCGGAAUGAGGAUGAAGUUCAAGUGUACAGAGAUUGAUUACGAGCGGUUAAUGGAGUUAGCGGCCACAGCUGCUACGGCCGAUAACGCCGGGAUGAAUUCAGACAAGAACCAACACAAGUGAUUCUUUUGUGUAUGAAAUUGAAAAUGGGAAAACUUGAUUUGUAUCCCAUUUAGUGGAAUUGUAUGGUUCGCCUCCCCCCCCCCCCUGUU